AUAGACAUGCAACAAAAGUAAGCAGAAAGCCCAUGGCACCAGAAAACCAGUCAUAGCUCCAAACACCUCCAAGGAGGAGAUGCAACAAAACUCAUGUAGGAGCGGUAGUCACCGAGCUAAUGGUGCAGUCCCAAGAUACAGAUGUCACACAGUCAGUUUCACUUCCCAAACGGUAGAAGCAGAGCAACUCCAAAGCAUAUGAGAAAAAACCCUCACCAAUUACCACUAAAGACCUGCAAAAAAAUAUAAAACAACAAACAAACAACCACAGGGUGGAGGCAACAAAAUGACAAUACAAAGAAAAUCAUAAACAAGCCCCUUCCCAAUGCACUCAGCGACCUGGCUGCUGACAAAAUGCGAAAAAUUGGAGUCUUUCGAUAGGCGACACCUGUCUCUAGCAAAACUAAGCCAUAGAAGGACAGCGCGCAACGCGGCCAAACACCCAAGCGCCUUCGAAUUAGUUGAGAAUGACGAACCCUUUCCGCAUCCCUUCUUGUUUCAGAGUUUAUUCUUUAUAAGAUGAGCCUUUGUACUCUCUUAUUUCACCUGACUGAAUAUUUUUGUGUAAAAAAAAGUCUUAUAUUUAUAAUUAUUAUGAAUUUUUCUAAUCUUCUUAUUAAAUAGUUAUUGAUGUAGAAUAAACGUGUCGGAAAAAUUAGUAUAUCUGUAAAUCGUGUCAUCCAAUGUAUCAACUACGAUGCUGUACUUCGUUUAUUUAUUUAUUUUGCUUUUCCAUUACAUAUAGAGCAGGGGCACGCCGGGGCAGAGCGGGCAGGGCGAGGCCGGCAGUUGAAACCGUUUAUGCACAACCUUAUCAAUGUAACAUUGUUAUAUAGAAGAAGAAAGCAUCUUGAAACCGUCAAUGGUUUCUUUAACUUACCAAACCUUCAUUCCAUAAACAUUCUCUCUCUUUUGUCUUCUUUCUUUUGUCAUUCUUUGUUCCUGCUCUUUCCCUUGUUGCCUAUUGUAAUGUCCCUCCGCAUUUAACCUCCUUCUUCUUUUUUCUUUGUUUUUUCCUUUGUUUGCGGUCCUUUAUAGACAACAAGCACCUCCUCUUUUUCUAAUGGAAGCAUCUUCCUUAUUCCCUCCUUUUCCUCUCCUAAUAUUCUCCUACAUUCUCUGUAAUCAUCGCAAAUCAAGUCGAACCCACAAGUUAUUUCGCAAGAUUAAUGCGAUAUGUUUGAUUUUGGAUCGUGAGAAGUAGCUUCGAGGCAUUCUACUUCUGUGUCAAUUUCUUUUAACUUGUUGAGGAUAUGCAAGUGUUAGAAUUCUUACAAUGGAAAGACCUGGGAUGAGUAAAAAAUACAUGAGGAGGAAGAAGGACCUGUUGCCUUAACGCUUUAGAUUGAUGUGGUGUCGAGCACAAAAGUGUGUUAUUUCUCAAGAUCCAUCGAGAAGAAUUCUUCCCAAAUGCUUUGAUCUUUAACAAAGUGGUAUCAAAGUCGAACCAGGUGAUUACUAUUUUGCUCUAACAGGUGGAUGGAAGAGCAAGAAGACUCUUGAUGCCUAAGGGAGCAAGAAGACGGUCUUUUGGGGGAGAGCGGUGCCUGUGAUGACAAUAGCAUGGCUCUUAGAGGGAGGGAGAUUCUGUUGUCAGAAGAAAUGGCAUCAUCUUUGGAAGAUCUUCUUGCAGAGGAAGGGUUUAGAGGAAGAAGAUCAGGGAUGACAUCAAGAGCUUCAUUCCGAGCAGAAGCUGUAAUUAAGUCUCUCCACCCUAAGCGAGACAAAUCCAAAGCCGAUUCGCCAUCAAGUCUAUUAAGCCAUAGAAUUAAGACUGAGAGGACCAGAUCAGAUGUUUCUCGAUACAUUUUGAGAGGUGAAUUGACAAGUGAUAGUAGCUCAAGAAGGAGACCUACGGAUAAUCUGGUUUCAAGGGAAAAAAUAGAUGGAAAAUCAAGGACAGAGACCUGGGAAAGACUUGGCCAUCGAGUUUCAACUGAUAUCCAGAAUAAUAAAACACGUAAUUCAGAAGAUAUUGAGGAUAGUGAAAUAACUGAGAUUGGUAUAGAAGAAGAUGAGAGAGUUAAGGAUAUAUAUUCUGAUAAAGCAUAUAACUCAGAGAGAAGCGAAAAAUCCUCUGAACGAAAUAGGGAAAAACAGACAUACAUAGAGAGGAAAGGAAGCAGUAUAAAAAUAGAUCAGACAGUUAGUAGCAAUUCUAACGAAAAUGUGCUAAAAUGUACUUCACUUAGGGAUAGCAAUAAGAAAAGCAUGAGACAGCCUGAUCCAUCUCAUGACAGUUCCAUUAGAAGUUCCAAGAAUGCCAAGAACUUUGAAGUUGAUCAUGGAUCGAAGCGUGAGGAUCUUUCACUCCAGUUUUCUAAACUUGCUUUUGAUGAAGUUGCUGUCAGAGCCACGGUCUCCAUCUUAAAUGGUUACAUCAAGCGUUUCCUGAAAGAUGAGGAGUUCCGCUGUAUGCUUCGUCACAAUUGUUUCUCUUCCCUUAGUUUCACGGAAAAUGGAGAAGGCCACAAAAUUGAGAGCAAAGUCAUUAACAAUCUUGAACAAGCAAUUGAAAUAGUGGAAAAGGCUGCUGAGGAGGCUGCAAGCACAAAGGAUUUGAAAAAAGCUUCACUUCAGUUAUGCAUGAUCACAAGUUUGAACUCGAAUGCUAUGAAAGACGGAUAUACAUCAGGAACUCCAUAUUCCAGGUUGUCAGCAUGUGCUCAUCUUUACCUCAGUGUGAUAUAUAAGCUACAGAAGAAGGAUAGGGUUUCAGCUAAAUAUCUUUUGCAAGUAUUUUGUGACUCUCCCUUUCCAGCUCGAACACUUUUGUUGACUGAACUGUGGGACUACCUUUUUUCCCCACAUCUUUCUCAUUUGAAGGGGUGGUAUAAUCAGGAAGCUGAUUCUCUUCUGAACACACCAGGCAAGAUGACAAAACUUAAACUUCUUGACAAAGUUUAUAAUGAAAUUCUGGAUUCCAGUACCUACCAGUUUGCAGUUUACUACAAGGACUGGCUCACUGAGGGAGUUGAAGCCCCUUCGCUUCCUUCUAUACAUAUCCCUUCCAUGUCUGUUCAGGAAGAUCAGCAGACAGAUUCACAGGAUCAUUCUUCAGGUCCAAGUACAUCUUCUGAUUUUUUCUCUCCUCAGCCAAUGGUUAGUAAGAAGCUGUAUGAAUCUGUAUUUGGCCAUUCAAGUAAACCUGAAAUUUAUGAGGUUGAAGAUGAUGGGGAGACGAAUAGCAUCAAUAAUAUUGCAACGUCCUCUAAUGGUUCUGCUGUUGAAGUCAAAGAAACAUUAACAUACCCUUCAGAAAUUGUUAAAUAUUUGGAUCAAGACAUAGACAAUUAUGCCUGCAAGAAUGAAAAUAACACAAUCCUUUCUGAUCAUGGGCUCUUAUCAGCAUCUAAUGAAGACUGGAAGUUAAUUAAAGUAAAUGCUUCUCCAGAAACUGAUAUCAAUAGUGACAGGAGUAACGCUAAUGGACAACAAGAACCUGCAGGAGAUGGCCAUAUGCCAAACACAUUUUCACAUACAGAAGCAAAUGAAUUAAUCCUGAAAAACCUAGCAAAAUCUGUUUUUGAACUGCCACAAACUGAGGAUUCUGGUGAUCUAACUGUUUCCGCUUUUUCACACACCAGUGAGCCUAUCAAUGUAUCAGCUUCUUAUGAAGAGUUAUAUGGAACUUAUGAAUAUUUUAGUAAAGGAUCCUUUUUUGCAAGUAUACCUCAGGACUUCAUUUGUCCUCUCUCUGGAAAGUUAUUUGAGGAACCAGUGACACUGGAGACUGGACAAACCUUUGAGAAAGAAGUUAUCAGGGAAUGGUUUAAUCAAGGAAACAGAACAUGUCCUGGAACAAAAAAAGCUCUGGAAUGUCUGACUGUGCCGUGUACCAAUUUUAUUUUGAAACGUAUUAUUGACAGUUGGAAAUUGGAGUAUUGUAGUCAUCUAUUGGCUCUGGCCUCUCAAAUAAUUAGGAAUUCAGAAAAACAUGAGUCAAGGCAAUGGAACGAAACUGCAUUUCUUAUAUUGGAGAAGCUUCUUACUACUUUCGGUAGGGAGGAAAGGUUAGCAAAUGCCAAACACCUUAUCUCUCUAGGAGGUUUGGAUUUUCCUAUUAGACAGUUUACUUUGGGAAAUUUGGAAGAGAAAAUGCGAAUGAUACCUCUGUUAUCCUGUUAUAUCGAAGCAGAUGGAAGUUGCAGAAAUCAGAUAGCUAGAAAAAUUGAUAGACAGAGUCUCUUUGAUCUACUCCAUAGCAAGCAGACUAAUUCUAGAAGAAAUACAGUGUUUCUAAUGACUGAACUUUGUCUAAGCAGGAGGAAGGAUGUUAAAUUAUUUUUAAGUGGAUGGCAGAAUGAAGAGAUAAUGCAUACAAUGCACAUCUUGCUAAUGUAUCUUCAAAAUUCUCCACCUGAACAAAGGCCCUGGGUUGCUGUACUUCUUUUGCACCUAGAUCUUUUGCUAUUGCAGGUUGAACCUCAGAAGUACAGCAUAUACAGGGAUGAAGCUGUUGAUGCCAUUGCAGGAUCACUAGAAGAUAGUUUAACUGAUGGGAAGAUCCUAAAGAAGUCUUGCACAGCUCUUCUCGCCUUGGGAGGACGCUUUUCUUCUUCUGGGAAGUCAUUGACAGAAAGUUGGAUGCUAAAGCAAGCAGGGUUUAAUGAUAAUUAUGAAACAAAUUCAAAAGAAGACAAUUUAUCACUUAAUGAGCCUUUUUUAUUGGAAGAUGAAGAAACUGUCGACGAGUGGCUCAGGAACUUGUCCACAUGUUUACUUGGUAGUGGAAAGAAAUCAUUCUUAGAGGCCAUUUCAAAGUGCUUAGCUUCUGGAAACUUAGAAUUAGUGAAAGCAUGCCUAACCACUAUUGCAUGUUUGAGCUGUUCACUUCCUGCACUAUCUGAUGCCGAGCUCCACCUCUCAGCCUUCUCUGCCCUCCUAUCUAGUCUGAAAGAAAGUUUGGAAAAUGGUCGCCGGAUUGAGCACAAGGUUCUUGCUUCAAUAUCACUACUCAACUUCAGUAAGAUUCCAGAAUGCAGGGUUUUGUUAAUGACAAUUGCAGAAGAGAUUGCAGUUCCACUAGGAAGCCUUGUCGAAGUAACAUGGACAGCUAAACAAUUAUAUGCCAUCAUCUCUGGUGAGUGUCUUUAGCCAGUUAGGCUAAGAUGAUCUGCAUACUCAAAUUGCCACAAUAUUUCAAGCUUUAGCUCUUCUUUGAAUUCUGAAGUUUUAGGACAUGGCAGUGGUCUUUAGAUUGUUACUGACAGCAUUUGAAGCAGCAAAUAUUUUGGAAGGAAAGAGGACUCUUGACAUCCAACAAUUGCAAGGAGAUCAUGAUGUUGAUACCAUUAGAACCUUUUAGAAACCUCAUGACUAAGCAUGCUUUUCUACGUUGUAAAAUGCCCCUCGCUUCUACCUCCUUUCUAUUUUUUAAAGAUAGUUGGAACUCCAUAUUAAAUAAUAUUUUUCACUCUAACAUCCA